UGACCAUGCGUAUUCCACUUCCAGUAAAUGAUGGAUGGAUGGAUGGAUUGGAUUGGAUUGGAUGAAUGGAUUGGAUUGGAUGGAUGGAUUGGAUGGAUGGAUGGGUGACAAACCUUUCAAUCAUGAAAUAACAUUAAUAUUUUCUUCCAAUCACGUCUGGUGCAGAGACGAGGCUUUUGAGAUCACCGUGAAUGGACAGCUUCUCUUUUCGCGAUUGGAGUCGAAGCGGCUUCCACAAUUGGACGAAGUGCUGGACGCGCUUGCCAAGUUGACGCCCGAGGUAACCGUUGCAGAAGCACAGGCGUCGCCGAGCUAGUAGGUGAAGAGUCUGAAGAAGAAGAAGAAAGACGGAGAGGAGAGGAGAGGAGAGGAGACAAAUUGACUGGUGGCUGCGUCGACAGGCCUGUGUGUGUGUGGUCGGGUCAGUUGAGGGGCGGGUGUUGUGGGCGUGACUAGGUACACGCCGGGACGCGGGAAAAUCCGUGCUGGGGUGUCGGGUUAAGUACCCAACUUGGGGAUUCGCGUUCACCUCAGUCAGCUUAAUAGCCCUUUUCGUUGAGCGUGCAAGUCCCAGGAGGAGGGAGGUCGCGUGUUCGAUUCUUGAGAGAUCAGAUGAUCAUAGACGAAAAGUGCAAGGAAGAGGAGGAGGAUGCGGCAAGAGGAGGAGGAUGCGGCAAGUAAAAGGACGACCUGAGAGAGAUUUGAUCAGCAGCGGUGACCUCGUGAGGAAUGGAUGUGGUGGGCAUGCAACUGGACACCGUUCGAAAGCUCUAACGACCAAAAAGGAAACUCCAAGGACCAAAAAGGAAACUCCAAAGACCGCAAAAGAAAGGGCAUCUCUGCUUCAUUACACAGGGGGCGAGGGUGGUUGCGCUGUGGCCCUGUACAAUAGUUAACAAAACUUUAAAAAAGCAGGCACGUAGAGUACAGUUCCUUUUUUUUUUUUUUUUUUUUUUUUUCCGUGAACCACCUCGAGGUCCAAUCUUUUUUUUUUUGAGGUGCAAUCUUCACUCCUGCUGCUGGUGAUAAGGGCACCAGCUGGAAAAGAAAAAGAACACCAGCAGGACAGUAGAGCCGCAGAUGAUGGCACCAUUCCAUUGGUGGGUAGCUGCACCUGCUGCAAAAAAAAAAUUGCGUCCAGCAAGAGCAUCCCUUGUACAGAAUGGACUGAUUUGUGGGUCCUUUWCCCCCCCCCCCCCAUCUCUAGCUUAGGUUGUGAUUGGGAAUUAAGAACAGCACGACAAGAGUGACAUCUAUGGACAUUUCUCGUCUGGAAAAGACUGCAGCUUCCGACAGAGAUUAUUUCUACGACAACUCAGCCUACUUUUCGACACUUGUACCACAGAGAAGAAGAUGAUCCAGCCUGCCUAGUCAGACUGCUUUUGCCCCCUGCCCUACGGAACAAUAACCGAUA